AUGGCCGCUCAGUCCAAACUACUCCCGCCCGAGCGCUCUAUCCGACAGAUUCUCUCCAGCCUAUCGUCCCUUUACCUGCGCCACCGCAAACAGAUCUCCCGCACCGUCUACCUCGCUCUUUUCGCCGCUCUGGUCAAGCGUAUCCACAAUGCCAUCUCUGAGCAAAAGGCAGCGUCCCGGGCGCAGGUCGACCUGCGCAAGCGACCUGGCACCAGCAGUCUGGGUGAUGGCGACGAGCCGCCCCGGAAGAGGGUCGAGGUGAACCGCGAGUUCUUUCGAAAUCUACUCCGGCUGCUAAAGAUUGUGAUUCCGGGGUGGAAGAGCAAGGAGUUUCGGUUGCUCGUUGGGCAUAGUGUUUUCUUGGUGUUGCGAACGAUGCUUAGUUUGUAUGUGGCGGAAUUGGAUGGAAGGUUGGUGAGCAGUUUGGUGCGAGGGAAGGGGAAGGACUUCCUGCUGGGUCUUGCGUGGUGGAUGAUUGUUGCGGUGCCGGCGACGUUUACGAACUCGAUGUGCAAGCUUGCCCUCAGCUACCGAAAGCGUCUCACGGAUCAUAUCCACGACAAGUAUCUGAGCAACAUGACGUUCUAUGCGAUCUCGGCGUUGGACGACCGAGUCAAGAACCCCGACCAGUUGAUCACGGUCGAUGUCUCUCGCUUCUCCGACAGCUUGGCGGAGCUAUACUCCAACUUAGCGAAGCCGAUCCUGGACAUGGUGAUAUACAACUACUCGCUAUCGAAGAGCGUGGGAGGCGAAGGCCUGUUCAUCAUGAGUCUCUUGGUCCAGUUAUCUGCAAACGUCAUGCGGGCCCUGACGCCGCCAUUUGGCAAAUAUGUCGCUGACGAGGCGCGUCUGGAGGGCGAGUUCCGGUUCCUCCAUUCAAGAUUGAUUGACUACAGUGAGGAGGUGGCCCUCUAUCACGGCCAAGAGGCCGAAAAGGACACCCUGGACAAAGGGUACUUCACCCUCAUCAAGCACGUCAACCGGAUAUUACGAAGACGAUUAUAUCACGGAUUUAUGGAGGAUUUUGUCAUCAAGUAUUUCUGGGGAGCUCUAGGCUUGAUCUUGUGUAGCAUGCCCGUUUUCUUCCGUAUACCCGGACAGAUCACACAAACUAUGGGAGACCGCACAGAAAGCUUUGUCACAAACCGCAGAAUGCUACUGUCCUCCUCGGACGCCUUUGGCCGUCUCAUGUUCUCCUACAAGGAGAUCUCAGAACUUGCUGGCCACACAGCACGAGUCUCGUCUCUCCUCGAGGUCAUGGAGGACUUGCAAGCCGGACGUUUCGAGAAGAAGCUCGUCUCCUCAGCAUCCACCAAGGAAAACGCCGCCGUUCUGUCCGGCCGCGGCGAGGUUGAAGAAGGCGACUCGAUUGAAUUCACCGACGUCCCCAUCGUCUCCCCCAACGGCGACGUUCUAGUCCGCAAGCUUUCCUUCGCCGUGCACCCAGGCGACCAUCUCCUCAUCGUCGGCCCCAACGGCUGCGGAAAAUCCUCCCUCUUCCGCAUCCUAGGCGGUCUCUGGCCCGUCUACGGCGGCAAAGUCAAAAAACCCCGCUUCGACGAGAUCUUCUACAUCCCGCAACGGCCCUACCUGUCCCGCGGCACUCUACGACAGCAGGUGAUCUACCCGGACGGCGUGCGCGAAAUGCGCGCCAAGGGCGUCACAGAUGCAGACCUCUACGAGAUCCUGUCCAUCGUGGAGAUCGCCUCGGUCGUCGACCGGCCGGGCGGCUGGGACGCCGAGGAGGAAUGGCGCGAUGUCCUCUCCGGCGGGCUCCAGCAGCGCAUUGCCAUGGCGCGACUCUUCUACCACCGGCCUAAAUUCGCUAUCCUGGACGAAUGUACCUCCUCCGUCACCCUGGAAAUCGAACGGGUCAUGUACGAGACCGCAAAGAAGCUGGGCACGACCCUCAUGACGGUCUCGCAUCGCCGGAGUCUCUGGAAGUACCACAAGAAGAUCCUGCAGUUUGAUGGGCAGGGCGGCUACAUCUUUACUGGACUGGACUGGGAGCGCAGAUUGCAGUUGGAAGACGAGAAAGAAGAAUUGGACCUUCAUCUUCGUGCAGUUCCGGAGCUACAGCGCCGUUUGGCCGAGUUGACUGCUGCGUAG